AUGGCUCCAAUUGAUUAUAAUAAAGUCAAAUUAGUUUCAGCUAAGCAUCCUAAACCACCUGGGGUGAAAUUUACUUAUGGAACUGCUGGGUUUCGUAUGAAAGCCGAAUUGUUAGAUUCGGUGACGUUUCGCGUUGGAAUUUUGGCUUCUUUGAGAUCAAAGAAGCUAGACUCUAAGACAAUUGGCGUCAUGAUCACCGCAUCACAUAAUCCUGAAGAGGACAACGGAGUCAAACUCGUUGAUCCAUACGGGGAGAUGCUCGAACAAUCCUGGGAAGAACAUGCAACUAAGCUCGCAAACGCUGAAUCAGACGAUGACUUGGUCAACGUUAUACAGGAUAUUAUAGUUAACACAGGUCUUGAUGGAUCGAAGGAUUCUUCUGUUGUUUACGCUAGAGACACAAGACCCAGCGGUCCAGCACUAGUUGCCGCUGUCGAGGAUGCGUUAAAAGUUCUUGGAGCCAAGGCUUUGGAUUUUGGUGUUAAGACUACACCGGAACUUCAUUACGUCACGCGUUGUCUGAAUACUGCGGGCACAAAAGAUGCGUAUGGGGAGCCAACAGAAGAGGGCUACUUUAAAAAAUUGGGCGAUGCAUUUAGGGAACUGGUGGAACAGAAGCCUCAUUUAUCGGCAUUGACCGUCGAUGCAGCCAACGGGGUCGGUGCGCCGAAAGUACGUCAGUUAUCUGAAGUUGUUGGCAAGUUCAUUGAUCUCAGAGUAGUGAAUGAUGAUAUUUAUACUAAGGGCAAACUUAAUUUCCAAUGCGGAGCAGAUUUUGUGAAGACGCAACAGAGAGCUCCUCCCGGAAUGAAUCUCGUCAGUGGAAUGCGAGCAUGUUCGCUUGACGGUGACGCCGAUAGAAUUGUUUACUAUUAUGCAGAUGAGGAUGGGAAAUUUAGAUUGCUCGAUGGUGAUAAAAUUGCCGGCCUCGCCGCAAGCUUCAUAAUUGAUCUUGUGAGGACAGCAGGUAUUGGUGACAUCAAGAUCGGCGUAGUCCAAACUGCAUACGCUAAUGGAAGUUCGACAGCGUAUCUGACUAAUGUUUUGAAAGUGCCAGUUUCCUGCGUACCUACUGGAGUAAAGCAUCUUCAUCAUGAAGCAGAGAAAUAUGACGUUGGUGUUUACUUUGAGGCAAACGGUCAUGGAACCGUUCUCUUCAGUUCUCAUGCAAUAAACUCAAUUCGAUCUGCCAAGGGCGGGACUCCCGAGCAAGUAACGGCCAUUAACCAAUUGAGCGCUCUCACUAAUCUCAUUAAUCAAACCGUUGGAGAUGCAAUCUCUGACAUGCUAUUUGUUGAAAGUAUUCUCAUGAAUAAACAAAUAACUUUAAGACAGUGGGAUGAAGCUUACACCGAUUUACCCAAUCGGUUAGUCAAAGUAGUGGUUGCCGAUCGUCAUAUAUUCAAGACGACAGACGCCGAGCGUAAGUUGGUUGAGCCUAAAGGUCUUCAAGAUAAGAUCAACGCGAUUGUUGCCCCAUACACAGAAGGCAGAUCCUUUGUUCGACCGUCUGGAACAGAAGAUGUGGUUCGUGUCUACGCAGAAGCUGCCACUCGCCAGGACUGUGACGAGCUUGCGUUCAAAAUCGCUGGUCUUGUGUUUGACGAAGCUGGUGGUGUUGGAGAACGGCCGAAGGAAUUUUUAUAA